UGAGCUUGGGGUAGAGAGAAAAAACUAUCUCCUAUUAAAUGCCUACUAUGUACACGCUUGGCAUUGUGCUGGGUGCUUUCCCUGUUGACAGCUGCUCUGGCUGGAAUUCCAUCCCAGAUUCAACCACGACUUAAAUUUAAAAAACACACAUAUAUUCCUCAUGGGGCCUCCUUCGUUAAUGCAAGUCACAGCUGCCACACCCUCUAUAAGACCCAGGCACCAUAAUUAGGAUAAUAGACUCUCAGGGCUUGGAGGGAUGCUUCAGGUCAUCUUAGUUAAAGGGGCAGCAGCUGUUGUCUUCACCACAGUCACUGUGCUCAAUUGUCUCAACCGGAGGUGCAAAAAAGGUCUUGGGCUACGGUCUCUGUAGACGGCAAUUUCAGUAAAGAUAGGUCAACGAUAAGCAAAUGUGAGGCUUGAACGACGUUCCGGACGGGAAAGGGAAAUGGGAAAAAAUAUGGUUUACCGAGGCCCUCAAACAAUGUAAAGGAAAAAAAAAGAAAAAGAACUGGCAGAGACGUAAUGUGAGGCCCUUGAAUCCAGGUAGAGGCCUACAAAAGGGAUCCUGAUUGGCACAGGCUUUCUUGAGUGGCGGGCAACAGCAGCGAAUGGGCAAGACGGUACUGCGUGACGUGACGGGAAAGGGGGAGUUCGCGGCUGGUGGCGGCGGUGGCGACAGCGGCGACCUGGGGAUCGAGCUGGAGGGACCUGGGGAGCGUGCGGAGAUCUCUAGCACGAACGCGAGGGACCUCCCGCCGGAAUGCCCGGGGAGCAGAUGGACCCUACUGGAAGUCAGUUGGAUUCAGAUUUCUCUCAGCAAGACACUCCUUGCCUGAUAAUUGAAGAUUCUCAGCCUGAAAGCCAGGUUCUAGAAGAUGAGUCAGGUUCUCACUUCAGUAUGCUAUCUCGACACCUUCCUAAUCUACAGACACACAAAGAGAACCCCGUGUUGGAUGUCGUGUCCAAUCCUGAACAAACAGCUGGAGAAGAACAAGGAGACAGUAAUAGUGGCUUCAGUGAACAUCUGAAAGAAAACAAAGCUGCAGAUUCUGUGGAUUCUUCUCAUUUGGACACAUGUGGUUCCCUCAGUCAGGUCAUUGAGCAGUUACCUCAGCCAAAUAGGACAAGCAGUGUUUUGGGAAUGUCAGUGGAAUCUGCUCCUCCUGUGGAUGAAGAAAAGGAGGAAGAGGUGGAAGAGGAGAAAGAGGAAAAGGAAAAUACUCCAGAUGAUACCACACACUCCCUUGGUGCUGAAGAUCCUGCCGCAUCACAGUUUGGCUUUGGGCUUCUGGAACUCUCCCAGAGCCAGGAUGUUGAAGAACAUACUGUGCCAUGUGAAGUAGACAGAGAGCCUCUACAGUCAGUAACCACCAACUCUGGUUAUACUGGGCUAUCUGAUGUGGAUGCUAAUGCUAAUAUUGCAAUUAAGCGUGAAGAACAGUCUAAUGAAGAUAUCCUGGUGGCAGAACAGCCCAGCAAGGGUGACCCUGUGGCAGCACAGCCCAGUAAGGAGGAACAUGCAGUAGAGGAGCAAAAUUCACCUCCUGCAAGGUCAGAGGACAUGUCUUCUAGCCCCAAAGUAUCUCUUGCUGCUAUGGAAACAAAAGAACAAAUACCUGCUCGAGAACUUCUGGAAGGUGGAAUGCAGAUUCAGAGGUCACCAGAGCCUGAGGUUUUGUCAACUCAGGACGACUUGUUUGAUCAGAGCAAUAAAACAGUAGCUUCUGAUGGUUGCUCUACUCCUUCAAGGGAAGAAGGUGGGUGUUCUCUGGCUUCCACACCUGCCACCACAUUGCACGUCCUUCAGUUCUCUGGCCAGAGGUCCCUUGUUCAGGAGAGUCUUUCCACGAAUUCCUCAGAUCUUGUUGCUCCUUCCCCUGAUGCUUUCCGAUCUACCCCCUUUAUCGUUCCUAGCAGUCCCACAGAGCAAGAAGGGAGAAAAGAUGAGCCAAUGGAUAUGUCAGCAGUUUCUGAACGAAAAGAGUCUUUUCAGAAGAAAGUCCAAGAUGAGGAACCAGUAGAGAUAGAAAACGCCCCUCUCCCACCUGAGCCUACUAUAUCACCACAAGCCUCAACACCAGUAUCUCAGAGCACACCAGUCUUCACUCCUGGCUCACUUCCUAUCCCAUCCCAGCCUGAGUUUUCUCAUGAUAUUUUCAUUCCAUCUCCAACUUUGGAAGAACGAUCAAAUGAUGAGAAGAAGGAUAGAGAUUUGCAAAGUUCAUCUUUGACUGUUGAGUGUUCUAAAACUUCAGAAACUGAACCAAAGAAUUCCACUGAGGAUCUUGGGCUUUCUUUGACAGGGGAUUCUUGUAAGUUGAUGCUUUCUGCAAGUGAGUAUAGUCAGUCCCCAAAGAUAGAGAGCUUGAGUUCUCACAGGAUAGAUGAAGAUGGAGAAAACACACAGAUUGAAGAUACUGAACCCAUGUCUCCAGUUCUCAAUUCUAAACUUGUUCCUGCUGAAAAUGAUAAUAUCUUGAUUAAUCCAGCACAAGAUGGUCAAGUAGAACUGAAUCAGAAUGAUGAGAAAACAAAGGAAGAUAACACAGAAACCAGAGAUGACAUUAGUAUUUUAGCUGCCAGUUGCAAAGGUAGAGAAGAAACUGUAGCAGAAGAUGUUUGUAUUGAUCUCACUUGUGAUUCAGGUAGUCAGGCAGUUCCCUCUCCAGCUACUCGAUCUGAGGCACUCUCUAGUGUGUUAGAUCAGGAGGAAGCUAUAGAAAUUAAAGAACAUCAUCCAGAGGAGGGGUCUUCAGGGUCUGAGGUGGAAGAAAUCCCUGAGACUCCUUGUGAAAGUCAAGGAGAGGAGCCCAAAGAAGAAAAUAUGGAAGGUGUCCCAUUGCACCUUUCUCUGACUGAAACUCAGUCCCAAGGCUUGUGUCUUUCAAAGGAAGUCCCCAAACAAGAAUGCCAGGAAGCUAUGGAAGUUGAAACCAGUGUGAUUAGUAUUGAUUCCCCCCAGAAGCUUCCAGUACUUGACCAAGACUUGGAACAUAAGGAUCAGGAAGCAUGGGAAGAAGCUACUUCAGAGGACUCGAGUGUUGUCAUUGUAGAUGUGAAGGAACCAUCUCCCAGAGUUGAUGUUUCUUCUGAACCUUUAGAGGGAGUGGAGAAAUGCUCAGAUUCCCAGUCGUGGGAGGAUGAUGCUCCAGAAAUAGAACCAUGUGCUGAGAAUAGAGCAGAUACUCAAGAAGAAAAGAGUGCAGAAAAUGCAGGAGAUCUGAAAUCAGUGACUGCAGAAAAAGAACCUGUAGAGGCAGACUCGUUACAGCCUCCAUUGACUUUGGUGAGAGCAGAUGAUGCUCAAAGACCUGACCAGGAGAUGCAGCAGACCCAACCGCAAGAGAAAACAGAUAGCUCGUUAGCGGAAGACUCAAAAAUGGCUAAUGCAAAGCAGCUGAGCUCAGGUGUAGAGGCCCAGCAGCUGGAGAAAGCCUCUGCCCAUGCCUCGCAAAGCUUCUGUGAGAGCUCUAGUGAAACUCCAUUUCAUUUUACUUUGCCUAAAGAAGGUGAUAUUAUUCCACCACUGACUGGUGCAACUCCACCUCUUAUUGGGCACCUAAAAUUGGAGCCCAAGAGACACAGUACUCCUAUUGGGAUUAGCAAUUAUCCAGCAAGCAACAUAGCAACCAGUGAUGUCAUGUCUGAAAGCAUGGUGGAGACCAACGAUCCCAUACUUGAGAAUGACAAAGGAGAUUCUGGGGCUGCUCCAGAAAUGGAUGAUAAAUUGUGUCUGAGAAUGAAACUGGUCAGUCCUGAGACUGAGCCGAGUGAAGAGUCUUUGCAGUUUAGUCUGGAAAAGCCUGCAACUGGUGAAAGAAAAAAUGGAUCUACUGCUGUUGCUGAGGCUGUUGCCAGUUCCCAGAAGACCAUGUCUGUGUUUAGCUGUGUCGGUGAUGCCCAACAAGAGGAUGAGGCUCGAAGUCCAGACCCUGCUCCUGCACCCAUCAGGGGGAACAUGCUCCAUUUUCCAAGUACUCAAGAUGAAGAAGAGAAGGGAAAAUUGGAAGAUGACCAAAGGACCAGGCAAAGUCAACAGCCUAUGAAGCCCAGUAGUCCUGUCAAAGUCCCUGCUUCUCCUGCCUCCCAGCAGAUGGCCACACAGGAGCCAGCCAGUCCUCAAGGGGAAGCAAUGGAGACAGAUACGCCAGAAGGCCAGAAAGAAGGACAGAAUACCAAUCAGGAAAAGCCUAGAAAGGCCUUGAUUGAAAGGCCCACCCAAAAUAACAUAGGAAUCCAGACCAUGGAGCAUUCCCUGUGGGUUCCAGAAACCGUCUCAGCAGCAACUCAGACCGUAAAGAAUGUGUGUGAACAGGGGACCAAUACAGUGGACCAGAACUCUGGAAGACAAGAUGCCACAGUUCAGACUGAGAGGGGCAGUGGUGAGAAACCAGGCAGUGGUCCUGGGGAUGAUACAGAGUCGCUCCAGAGCCAGGGAGAGGAAGAAUUUGAUAUUCCUCAGCCCCCACAUGGCCACGUCUUGCAUCGCCACAUGAGAACAAUUCGUGAGGUGCGCACACUUGUCACUCGUGUCAUCACAGACGUGUAUUAUGUGGACGGAACAGAAGUAGAAAGAAAAGUAACUGAGGAGACUGAAGAGCCAAUUGUCGAGUGUCAGGAGUGUGAAACUGAGGUUUCCCCUUCACAGACUGGGGGCUCUUCAGGUGACCUGGGGGAUAUCAGCUCCUUCUCCUCCAAGGCAUCCAGCUUACACCGCACGUCGAGCGGGACUAGCCUCUCAGCCAUGCACAGCAGUGGCAGCUCGGGGAGAGGAGCCGGACCACUCAAAGGGAAAACCAGUGGGACAGAACCCGCAGAUUUUGCCUUGCCCAGCUCCCGAGGAGGCCCAGGAAAACUGAGUCCUAGAAAAGGGGUCAGUCAGACAGGGACGCCAGUGUGUGAGGAGGAUGGUGAUGCAGGCCUUGGCAUCAGACAGGGAGGGAAGGCUCCAGUCACACCUCGUGGGCGCGGGCGAAGGGGCCGCCCGCCUUCUCGGACCACUGGAACCAGGGAAACAGCUGUGCCUGGCCCUUUGGGCAUAGAGGACAUUUCACCCAGCAUGUCGCCAGACGAUAAAUCCUUCACCCGCAUUGUGCCCCGAGUGCCAGACUCUACCAGACGAGCAGACAUGGGUGCUGGUGCUUUGCGUCGAAGCGACUCUCCAGAGAUUCCUUUCCAGGCUGCUACCGGCCCUUCUGAUGGCUUAGAUGCUUCCUCGCCAGGGAACAGCUUUGUCGGGCUCCGUGUUGUAGCCAAGUGGUCAUCCAACGGCUAUUUUUACUCUGGAAAAAUCACACGAGAUGUCGGAGCUGGGAAAUAUAAAUUGCUCUUUGAUGAUGGGUAUGAGUGUGAUGUGCUGGGCAAAGACAUUCUGCUGUGUGACCCCAUCCCGCUGGAUACGGAAGUGACCGCCCUCUCGGAGGAUGAGUAUUUCAGUGCAGGAGUGGUGAAAGGGCACCGGAAGGAGUCUGGAGAGCUGUACUACAGCAUUGAAAAAGAAGGCCAAAGGAAGUGGUAUAAACGAAUGGCUGUCAUCUUGUCCUUGGAGCAAGGAAACAGACUGAGAGAGCAGUAUGGCCUUGGCCCGUAUGAGGCAGUGACGCCCCUCACCAAGGCAGCGGAUAUCAGCUUAGACAAUUUGGUGGAAGGGAAACGGAAACGGCGAAGUAACAUCAAUUCCCCAGCCACCCCAACUGCCUCCAGCAGCAGCAGUACAACCCCCACCCGAAAGGUCACAGAAAGCCCUCGUGCCUCCAUGGGAGUGCCUUCAGGCAAAAGAAAACUUAUCACUUCUGAGGAGGAACGGUCCCCCGCCAAGCGAGGCCGGAAAUCUGCCACUGUGAAACCUGGUGCCAUGGGGGCGGGAGAGUUCGUGAGUCCCUGUGAGAGUGGAGACAACAUGGGUGAACCCUCUGUCCUGGAAGAGCAGAGAGGGCCUCUGCCUCUCAACAAGACCUUGUUUCUGGGCUAUGCCUUUCUCCUCACCAUGGCCACCACAAGUGACAAGUUGGCCAGCCGCUCCAAACUGCCAGACGGUCCUACAGGAAGCAGCGAGGAAGAGGAGGAAUUUUUAGAAAUUCCUCCUUUCAACAAGCAGUACACAGAAUCCCAGCUUCGCGCAGGAGCUGGCUAUAUUCUUGAAGACUUCAAUGAAGCCCAGUGUAACACAGCCUACCAGUGUCUCCUCAUUGCGGAUCAGCAUUGUCGAACCCGGAAGUACUUCCUGUGCCUUGCCAGUGGGAUUCCUUGUGUGUCUCAUGUCUGGGUCCAUGACAGUUGCCAUGCCAACCAGCUCCAGAAUUACCGCAAUUAUCUGCUGCCAGCUGGGUACAGCCUUGAGGAGCAAAGAAUUCUGGAUUGGCAACCUCGUGAAAACCCUUUCCAGAACCUGAAGGUACUCUUGGUAUCAGACCAACAGCAGAACUUCCUGGAGCUCUGGUCUGAGAUCCUCAUGACAGGAGGGGCAGCCUCUGUGAAGCAGCACCAUUCAAGUGCCCAUAACAAAGAUAUUGCUUUAGGGGUGUUUGACGUGGUGGUGACGGACCCCUCGUGCCCAGCCUCGGUGCUGAAGUGUGCUGAAGCAUUGCAGCUGCCUGUGGUGUCGCAAGAGUGGGUGAUCCAGUGCCUCAUUGUUGGGGAGAGAAUUGGAUUCAAGCAGCAUCCAAAAUAUAAACAUGAUUACGUUUCUCACUGAGGAUACUCGGUCUUCCCGGUUUUAUCCCCUGCUGUUGUGAAGAUUGUGUUUUAACCAGGUUUUAAUAUGUCGUGUGUAACUGGAUUCCUUGCAUGGAUCUUGUAUAUAGUUUUAUUUGCUGGACUUUUAUGAUAAAAUAAAUGUUGAAUCUCUUUGGUUGUAGUAA